AUGAGUUUUCUAUCCACUCUCUUAAGUAAAGUCCUUCCUAAUGCUUUAAAUGUUAGCAAUUAUGCUAGUCAAGGUAUAGUCCAAGGAAUCCAGAGAAGUGGUCUUCAUGGCUAUAAACACCAAUUAGGUGGUAUUCCUAUUUCUGAUGCCGAGUUCUAUCUUUUAGAUGGUCCUAUAGAUGAGAAUGAUGCUGGUGAAGAACAAGUCUUACAACAACAUGUUGGUGCUAACAAAAAACAAGUUGUAGCUGGAUUAAUUGCUGCUAGAGAAAUGUCUAAUGCUGUCUUGUAUAGUUCUCUCGCUAAUUGUAAAACUGAAACUGUCACAUUAGAAGCUAAUUUAUCUUUCUACUAUUCAAAAACAGCUAAAACAGGUACUCGAAAGGAUGGUGUUCCUGUUAUUAAUUAUAAGGAUCAUGGUUAUACUCAUCUCAUUCCUAAAUUAUUCAGAAAUUAUGAUUCAUUAAAACGAUAUGAUGCUUUUGUAUUGAAUAUGGUUAUUGUUCAAUCUACGCAAGCGUCAACAAGUAUCACUGGAACUACUUGCAGGAAAUCGUCAAGAAUCAUCAACUUACAAUAG